AUGGCGAAUCCAGAUUCGCAAACCACAGAACUAGACCGUGAAUUUCUCGAUACUGUCACAGUCGAGAGUCGUGAGUAUCAAAAAUAUUCGCUUGAUCAUCGAACGUACUUUGGACCUAUCGAUGAGGAAGAGGCACAACGACUCGAGGAUCAGCAACAAGUUUUCCAAAGGAUUUUUGACAAUCGGUUGAUCUUUCCACCCAUUCACCAACUCGAGAGGGUGUUGGAUUGUGGCCACGGAUCGGCUUCCUGGGCUGUCGAGGUCGCCGAAGAGUAUCCCGAAUGCGAGGUCAUCGGCGUGGACAUUGCCCCGCACAUGAGCCCAGAGGAUGUGCCUAAUAACCUAUGGCUUCAGGUCGAUGACCUGAAUCGCCGUUUCACCUUUCCCGCAAACCACUUCGACCUUGUCCAUUCCAGACUCCUUGCGACCGGCAUCAACCGAUCCCGAUGGCCAUCCUAUCUCCACGACAUAGUCAGGUGCGACCCCUAUCAACCCGGUUUGACCCAGGCGGUUUUAAGGGUGUUGAAGCGAGGGGGCUGGGUCCAGAUGGUUGAAAUAUACUUCAACGUGCAGUCUGACAACGGAUCACUCACUGAUGAACAUGCUCUGCGGAAAUGGAGCAUACAAUAUCUUCGCGCCUUGGAGGACAGGAAGGAUCUUCGCAUCGGAUCAAAAUUAAGAAAUCUCAUGACAGAAGCAGGGUUCGUUGAAGUGGAUACGAAGAUGAUUCCUCUGCCUCUUUCAGCAUGGUCAGCCGACCCGAGGAUGAGAGAAAUAGGUGGAUCCAACUGUGAUAACAUCAAGCAACUUCUGCAAUCGCUCGCGCUAUACCCUUUGACCCAACGACUACACAUGUCGCCAGAAGGGUUCGCCUCCUUGGUAUCCCAAGCCCAACAGGAGGCGGCAGACCCAAGAUUAAAGGCAUACUUCCCACUAUAUGUUUGCAUUGGCCGAAAACCGUGA